CGUCGACCCCGAUCCAAAGUCGCCACUCGGAAUUUCUCCUCCUUCGCUUAGCUCUGCAAUUGCUCCCAAUCAUCAAUUAACCGCGCCUCGAAGCUUAAAAAUUCUGUCAAAAAUCAGAAUCGGUUGUUUCUUAGAAGCUAAACUAGGGUUUUAAAAUGUCGGGGAAAGGAGCAAAGGGUUUGAUAACGGGGAAAUUGAACAAGGAUAAGGACAAGAAGAAGCCUGUCUCUCGUUCCUCUCGCGCUGGUCUCCAGUUUCCUGUUGGUCGAGUUCAUCGUCAACUUAAGACUCGAGUUGCUGCUAAUGGAAGGGUUGGAGCUACAGCAGCAGUUUAUACUGCAGCAAUAUUGGAGUAUUUGACUGCAGAAGUUUUGGAGUUAGCAGGGAAUGCAAGCAAGGAUCUCAAGGUGAAGCGUAUUACGCCGAGGCAUUUACAGCUUGCAAUCCGCGGAGAUGAAGAACUUGAUACCCUUAUCAAAGGAACAAUUGCUGGUGGUGGAGUUAUCCCCCACAUCCACAAGUCCCUGAUCAACAAGUCCUCCAAGGAGUAGUUUUUCAGUUUGCUUUGCCAUUUGACUUUUAGUUUUAAAAACCAUGCUUGUCAUGAGAGGCUACAAUCUUCUCCCCCUGCAUGACACAAUAGAAAGCUGAGACUUGCAAUUUAAUUUCUCUGUUUUUGGUUUUUGGUUGAUGAAUCUUGGAACUUUUAGAUUUACUUUAGAUGACAAAUUGCUAUACAGGAAUUAGUCUUGCUAUCAAAGAAGUUUACGCUAAUGUCCUGGUUCACUAGUUAAUCCGUUUGUAGCACUUAUGUUUCUGAUGCUUGCUAGCAAGCUUGUAGCACAGGUGCUGGUUUUGGCUUU